UCAAGAAAUUUCUCAACAUUGACUUAUUAAUUUUUCAUAGUGCGAGGCAACUUCAAACAAAUAGGAAAUUGUGUUUUUUCUCGGAGAAGACAUGCACCUCUGGACGAAAGCCAACUUUCCACCCUACAAUAGAGGGCGGUCUCCUUAGUAAAGGUAAGUCUUCACAUCAAUCAUCUGUGGAUAAUUGAAUUAUUUUGUUCAUUUAUUUUCGCAGCAAGGAUAAAAAUAGUGUUUGACUUUUCAUCUUCUCUGAGGAUCUGCAAUCUUUAUCGCUUGUUAAUUAGUAAUGUGCAAUAGAACUUGAUGUUUUUCAUUCAUGCCAGGUUGGACUGAUACUCUCUGUCAGACGUAUUUACGACACGUGGUAAGAUGUGAAAAAAAAACUAUAAUAAAAUUGUAAUCUAACAAAGAAAUGUACUACCAGCUUACAGCGAUCAAAAUUUUUUAUCUUAUUUUUUAACUUUCAUGCUAAUUAACCAAGAGAAAUUAAUACGUCUUAUUUACCUUUGAUCAAUGAAGACGUCACAACAGGCUUAUGAAUAUUUUGUACCAGCCAUUAAUUCUCCUAGCCAAGAAAUCAAUGCAAAUUUUCUAUCGCCGAUAAGAUGUUUUUGCAAUUGUGACAAGUGCUGUGUUCUGCUGUGCCAAACAAAGAUGAAUAUCUACUGUCAAAAUAUCAGAAACUGACCCCCUCUAGUUGAAGGGUUAUCUGCAAAGUUAUCAAAAUAACUCCUCUCUGUGCAGACGUGCUUGUGAAUUACAAUUAUCUUCAAUGUGUUUUCUUGUGAGGAAAAGCGUGGAAUGUCUAGAAAAACAUGUAUAGAGCAAGAUAUUUUUAUCCCGACUUCUUGGGUACGGUGCCCCGUAGCCGGCUGAUGCAAACGACACCUGCAAUGGAGAAAAAUCAAAUUUGUGACUCCGCGAUGGCCAUGAAUGGGAUAAGAGGAAACGGCGGAUCGAAAACAGCGCAAGUCUUCCCGAAUCAACCGAACGCUCGAAGAACAACCGCCCGAUCCCGAGUGACUUUCAAAAAGAAUGGUAACGGUGACUUCAUAACUAUCAAUGUAAGCGGUCGGAUAUUUGAAGCAGACAGUUCUAUCUUCAAACAGCAUCCAGACACUCUCCUUGGAAGCACAAGACGAGAUCUGUUUUUUGACAAGAGUAAGAAUGAGUACUUUUUCGAUCGGGACCCUGAUCUGUUCUCGUAUAUCAUCCAGUUUUACCGUAAGGGAACUCUUCACUAUCCUGAAGACGAAUGCGCUUGCUGCUUUGCGGGAGAGCUCGACUUCUUUGGAAUCGUUAGAAAUCACUUAAGUGACUGCUGCUAUGAAGUGUUCCGAGAAAAACACGACGAGUUCAUAGACUAUCAAAAGCGUCAUGCAAAACCAGAAGAAGAGGAAUUCGUUCCCACUACGAUAAGGCAAAAAAUGUGGCAGUUAUUUGAAGACCCAGCUCAAAACUUCUUUGGACUAUUAAUACAUUAUGUCUCCGCAAUUUUGAUCGUUGUAAGCGUUGCAGCUUCAACUGUCGAAACUUUACCAUGCGGGGAAAUCACUUGUGGUAACAAAUACUCUGAGCAAUUUUACAUUGUUGAGUCUAUGUGCGUCAUAGCAUUCACUGUGGAGUACCUGGCCAGAUUGUAUGCUGCACCUGCCAGGCUUCAGUUUAUGAAACAGUUCUUGAGCAUCAUUGACGUGGUUGCGAUCAUACCUUAUUACGUCGCAUUGAUUUCUCCUGAAGCAGUGGGCGGCCCAUUCACUGUGCUUCGUGUUUUCAGAAUCUUUCGCAUCGUUAAAAUGUCUCGCCAUAACACAAAGGUCCGCGAGGCUGGCUCGUCGCUGUUAGCCAGUCUCUCUGAACUCCGUUUUGUGUUUGUUGUACUCAUUACCCUCGUUAUAUUAUUUUCAACAAUUAUCUAUUAUGCAGAGAUGGGAGAAAAUAAUAAAAGCUUCGAGAGUAUUCUGGCUACGUUUUGGUAUACUAUCGUUACCAUGACGACGCUAGGGUAUGGUGACAUGACACCAUUAAGUAUAAUUGGCCGCAUAACAGGUGCCAUUUGUUCUUUGAGUGGCAUUAUGGUGGUUGCUUUACCGGCUCCAGUCUUGGAAAAGAACUUUAGUCGGAAGAAAGAGGUAGGAAGACCAGAUCGCGAUACCACAAAGGAAAAAAACCCUGCGAGAACCGCAAGCCACUCUCACAGUUAUAAAAAGUCAACUGGGCGGGUCUGUAUCGUAAAUUGUCAAACUAACAGGACUAAUGAGUCGCAUAAUCAUUGACUCUUUCUGAAAAUGUUUAGACGAUAAGCAUUUGAUGUGAUUGGUACGACAGAGGACAUGACUUAGACUAAAAGAUUAACCUAAGAUUAGGUGGCAAAUCUGAAAACGAACACUGCAUGAAGAAUAUUUAAUUUCAGUUAGCACAUCUUGACGACCAAAUAAUUUUCUUGUCAGAAACGGAGGUUAUCCGAGUUGCUUAGCAACAAAAGAUGGCUAAAUCUCCGCAGUCGAAAGACGGCAGAAAGAAUCAUGUGACUUAAUAAUCUCACAUAUGCGCUGUUCAAUAGUCUUUUCCUUUUUAUAUUGCCGUUUUCCCAGAUUACACUGAACAAUGAAAACCAGUAUAUUUGGUGAUAUGUCUGUACGAUAACGGCCACGAGCAAUUAAUUGAAACUAACCCCGAACAUUAUGAAAACAACUUAUUACAGAACGAUAGAUAAGAAGAGGAAAAUAUCGGAGGGAUAUAUGCAACCCUUAACUAACAAGGGAACCGACGAAGGGCUAACGCUCGAAACGUCAGCUUUUGUAAUCAUUACGGUGGCCAAUUUACCAUUUCAACUUUGUUGA